CACCAACCACCUUUUUUUCUCUGUUUAUAUCUAAACAAGGUAGAAAUUUUCCAUUUAUUAAACAAUCUAGACAACUACUAAUAAAAAAAAACGGAGGAAAAUCAACACGGAUAGAAAACCCAUCAGCACAAGAUUUUAAAUCCAUGUUAUCCCUCUAGCCUCCCUUUAAAAUCUUCAACCUUUUUCCAUUUCACCACACUAUCUCUAUCUUCCUCAACCUCACAUCUUCUUCCCAGAAAAGCAUAAGUUUUGCGGCAUAAGACUUAUCGGAUUGAAGAUAAUUCAGACACACCCCAGAUAAAGCACAAGGGUAACUGACAUGACAAUCGGAUGGGGUUCGAUCUUCUCUAGUUGUUUCAGGAGUGAGUCUGUCUCUCCUUCUCCCAAGCCCACCACCAAAGAGGUGGCUAAAAAGGGUGGCUCUUCUUCCAACAGGGUCUCCAUCAUGGACUUGAGUUUUCCUGGCUCAACGCUUUCGGAGGAUCUCUCCGUUUCUUUAGUGGGGUCUAACCUCCAUGUUUUUUCACUCGCCGAGCUCAAGAUCAUCACACAGAGUUUCUCUUCGAGUAACUUUUUAGGAGAAGGAGGUUUUGGACCCGUGCACAAGGGCUUCAUUGAUGACAAGCUUAGGCCUGGCCUCGAGGCUCAACCGGUGGCCGUCAAGCUCUUGGACUUGGACGGUUCUCAGGGCCACAAGGAGUGGUUGACGGAAGUUGUGUUUCUUGGUCAACUAAGGCAUCAACAUCUGGUGAAGCUGAUUGGAUAUUGCUGUGAAGAAGAACACAGGCUUCUGGUAUAUGAAUAUCUACCACGAGGCAGCUUAGAGAAUCAACUGUUUAGAAGAUUUACCGCAUCGUUACCAUGGUCAACAAGAAUGAAAAUUGCAGCGGGAGCUGCAAAGGGUCUAGCCUUUCUACAUGAAGCAAAAAAACCAGUCAUCUAUAGAGAUUUCAAAGCUUCAAACAUUUUGUUAGACUCUGAUUAUAAUGCAAAGCUUUCUGACUUUGGCUUGGCAAAAGAUGGUCCCGAAGGAGAUGACACGCACGUUUCAACCAGAGUCAUGGGCACACAAGGGUAUGCGGCCCCGGAAUACAUCAUGACAGGACACUUGACAGCAAUGAGUGAUGUAUACAGUUUUGGAGUUGUUCUCUUGGAGAUUCUAACAGGAAGAAGAUCAGUGGACAAAGGGCGCCCCCCAAGAGAACAAAAUCUCGUGGAGUGGGCCAGACCUGUUCUGAAUGAUUCCCGGAAACUCGGCCGAAUAAUGGAUCCAAGACUUGAGGGACAGUAUUCUGAGGCAGGGGCAAGAAAAGCAGCUGCAUUGGCUUACCAAUGUCUCAGCCACAGGCCAAGAAGUAGACCCUUGAUGAGCACUGUGGUUAGUGUUCUUGAGCCUCUUAAGGACUUCGAGGAUGUUCCAAUUGGGCCCUUUGUUUACACUGUUCCACCUGAUCAUAAUGAAAUGGCAAAAGAGGUUGAAACACCCAAGGAUAGGAAGAGGGAGAAUGGUCAUCAUCAUCAUCAUCAUCACAAGAAUGGUCAUAGACAUCAUGAUCACGACGAGGCUAAUAAAGAUGCAAAUGGUCACCAUCACCACCGAAAUCGUCGACACAAUAGGCCUCAUCCACUUAAAUCACCCAAGACACCAAUUUCAUCAUCAGAGUCACAGAGUAAUGAACACCGAAAUGCCAGAAGAAGUGGGUCAAAUUCACCUGACACCUCUAUUGCAUCAGAAGCACAAGGAAGCAUGGGCUAGUAGACACACACGGAUCAUACUGUAAAUACCUAUUUACUGGUUAAUUAUUAGAGGUGAUUACAUAGUAGUACUAGUACUAGGCUAAGUGCAACGAGCCCUCAAGCGAAUAAAAGACAGAAAAGGGUGCAAAGGAAAAGUAGAAAAGAGUGCCAUUGUAAUGGUCCUUGCACUGGAAAACAGGAUUGAGUUUUUUUUUUUCUAUUUAUUUAUUUGUCCAGUUUCCGGAGGAAGUUAAUUAUUUUGAAUUGU